AUGGUGAUUCACAAUUCAGUUUUAAAUAAGAAGGGUAACAUUUGGUUGUUUUGGAAUAAGCAUCUUCCUACACCAACUGUUAUUUCAAUGUCAACCCAAAUGAUCACAGUAAAUAUUGGAGGUAAUUUGAUAUCUGGAAUUCAUGCUCAUGUUGGAGCUGUUCAAAGAAGAAAUUUAGGUUCUGAGAUGGAGGGAGAUCCAGCUUUUGUUUUUCAGAGUAAACUCAAGAUUCUUAAAAAGGUGUUAGUAGACUGGAACUGGAGAAUGUUUGGAAAUGUGCAUGAGCAAAUCAAGGAGGCACCAAAAGAAGUUCAAGAAGCAAUGAAAUUAUCAGAUGAAAAUCCUUCCAAUGAGGAGUUAUUGGAGAAUUUAGUUAAAGCUGAAAAUAAGUUAAAUUCAAAAGAAGUACAGUUAAGCACAAUGUACAAGUUAAAAGCUAGAACAAAGUGGGUAAAAGAAGAUUCUCUACUUGAUGUAAUUCCAAGUUUAAUAACAUCUGAAGAUCAAGAGAUGUUGGAUGUUAUUCCAUCAAGAGAAGAAAUUAAAAACAUUAUUUUUGAAAUGGAUCCAGACAGCUCCCCUGGUCCAGAUGGUUUCUCUGGAAGCUUUUACAGAGCUUGUUGGAUGAUAAUUCAGGAUGAUGUGGUCAAUGCAGUUCAAUUCUGCUGGAAAAGAAGAUUUAUACCAAAGGGAUUAAAUUCCAACUUCCUGGUAUUACUUCCAAAGGUUGAAGGUGCAAGAUCUCCUCAGCAGUAUAGACCAAUUGGUCUUAGCAAUAAAAGAAGAAAUGGCAACAUUGGUCUUAAAUUGGAUAUAUCUCAAGCUUAUGACUCAAUAAGCUGGAAUUUUCUGUUUCAAGUUCUAAAGAAAUAUGGUUUUUCAGAUUCUUGGUGCAAGUGGCUAAGUAUUCUGUUUGAGUCUGCUAGAAUAUCACUCAUGAUUAAUGGUGGACCAAAUGGCUUCUUUUCUGUAGGAAGGGGGUUAAGGCAAGGAGACCAAUUAUCUCCAUUACUCUUUGUGCUAAUGGAGGAUGUGCUUAGUAGAAACAUCACAAAGAUGGUAACGGAAGAUGAUGUGUUUGUAUUCUGCAACGGAGCUAAAAAAAGUAUUCAAAAUUUGAUGAAACUUCUGGAAGUAUAUCAAGAUAGUUCAGUGCAGGUGAUUAACAAAAGUAAAAGCAAACUGUUUGUGGAUGGAACUACAGCUGCUAGAAAGUUACUAAUUAAGGAAAUAAUGCAAAUGGAGAUAAAUAGUCUGCCUGAUAAAUACUUGGGAGUUAUCUUACAUGCUGGUAUAGUUAAAAUUGCCACUGUUUGGCCUAUGGUGGAGUUAAUGCAAAAGAAGUUGGCUAGAUGGAAGGGUAAACUAAUGGCUUUUCAUGACAGACUUGUUCUCAUCAAAUCAGUGCUCUGCGGUAUUCCAAUUUACAGCAUGUCAAUCUAUCUGUGGCCAAAUGAAGGGGGGCUUGGUCUUCAAAGAUUGGAAAUCAUUAAUAAGUCAUUGCUCAUGAAAAUUUUAUGGAGGAUAAUAAAUUCAGAAGAUGAAUGGGCCUUAUUCAUUAAAGCAAAAUUUCAAGAUAAACACCACCAAUGGAAGAGUAAUUGGCAAAUGUCAUCUAUCUGGACAGGUCUAAAAGGUGUUUGGAAUCAUUUGAAAGAAAACAUCAGAUGGUGUCUUGGAAAUGGAAAGAAAAUAUCAUUCUGGUUUGAUUCAUGGCUUGGAGAUAUUAAAGGCAAUUUCUCUACUUCAUCUGCUGUUAAUCUAAUAAGAUACAAGGAGCAGCCUCUGCAACACUAUACAAAAAUCUGGAAUUCAUAUUUACAUCCAACUAUUGCAAGUAAAAUAUGGAAGCUCAUUCAAGGUGUUUAUGUAGAUGACUCUGUGAUGGUUAAGAGGGGUUAUGAGUUAGCUUCAAGAUGUUUUUUCAGGUUUCAAAUACCAAAUUCAUUUGAAGAUGUGUGGAGCAUAGCUAAAAGUAAAAGCCCUUUUAUAAAAGAAUGUUGGAUCAUUGCUGCCUGUGCAAUCUUAAGAGACCUCUGGUUUCAAAAGAAUAGAAUGUGGUUUGAGCAGAUAAAACCUAAUAUGCAAAGCUUCAAGGCUAUAAUCAAGAAGACUAUCUAUGAAAGAAGUCUCAUAAUAAAGAGCAACAAAUGUAAUUCUGAUAUUGAUACUCAGGUAAUCCUUUAUUUCAAUCUUGAGCCAAGAAGAAUCAAAUUUCAGAGUAUAAAAAUGUGUCAUUGGAUACCUCCAAGUCUUGGUUUUAUCAUGUUUUGUUGUGAUGGAGCAUCAGUUGGAAAUCCAGGUUGUGCUGGUUUUGGAGUAGUAAUUAGAGAUCAUUUGUGUCAGGUGUUAGGAGUUAUAACUGGUGGUAUUGGUGUUGCUACAAAUUACUUGGCAGAAGUAUAUGCAGUUAUAAAUGCAGUAGAAUUGGCAGUUAGCUGGGGACUGCAAAAUAUCAUAAUAUGCUCUGAUUACAAAACAGUAAUAACAGAGUUUGAAAACAAUAAGGUUCCCUGGUUUGUGAGAAUGAUAUGGAAUAAGGCAAGAAAUCACAUUCAUGAGAUUCAUUUCUUACACAAUUAUAGAGAAAUUAACUUUGUUGCUGACACUGCAGCUAAGAAAGGAGCAAAAAUGAGUGCAGGGCAGAGGCUGGUUUACACCGGAAGGCCUAUUUUUUUGACUAGAGUUGAAUAUCCAAAUGUGGAUUACUAUAGGAUCUGUUAG